AUGGCCGCCCAGUAUGUUGAAGUCUGUGACCCAAAUGGUGAACCUUUGCGAGUUAAUCUUUCCAAUGGAGCUUUGUUGAUCUCCUCUAUUGAUGAUGCUUUUCGUGGUGUUUUUGGUUUGAAGUAUAAAGAUAAGAGUACUGGCGCUAAGUACGCUGUUCAAACUGAUCCAAUCAAUCAAGUUUUUUUGGCACCUCCAGGCGGAUGGGGAAACAAAACUUUUGAACUUGUGCCUUUACCUAACCGUUCUGCUAGUGUCACUCCUGAUCGACCUGCCUCUCCUUGGUUGCAUGUUCAACGAGAGCUUCCUCUUAUUGAUUCAGUUAGCGAAUUUUGCUUUUACCUGAAGAAAGAAGUUAGUUCCGAUAAAGAAAAUGAACCUAAAAAGGAAGUAAAAACUUGCGUCACACGCAUCAACAAAAGAUAUUUUGCAACUUUUUACCAUGACUUGCAUAAAGAUUUUGAAGAAGGGAAUGUUGUUGAAAUAUUUUCCAAUGAUGACAAGGCUUUUAAAGCAACGUGCAAAUUUAAAAAUACUUUAUGGGACUUUAUAUUAUUUAAAUCUAAUGAAGAUGUUAAAGGCGAUGGCCCUCAUAUUUUUGAUGUUUUUUAUCCUGGGGAACGUAUUAUUUUAUAUGGUCGUGCAACAGAUGAUGGAAGACUAGCUCCACAAGAAGGAAUUAUAAAUUCAUUAGAAGGAUAUUGGGACGGAAAAAAGCAUGCAACUUUUUUGAUGGGAACAAUCAAAACUAAUCGUGGUGAUAGUGGAGGAGGAGUCUUCAAUCACAGUGGAUUGUUGGGCAUAAGUGUUGGAAAUACACCGUUUGAAGAUUUUCCGUAUAGCCAAGCUGCUAGGGAGGCUGCCGAAUUUAAUUCCAGAAACUAUAUUAUUUCUGCAAAGGAUUUGGCUGCGGCUGCUGAGCAAGUUGAGGGAACAAGAAAGAAAGAAGUACAUCAACCUAGACCCGGACCUCCUCCAAUUGUUAGAGCAUGUAUGGGUCUACCAAAGAAGAGGGGAAGGCCUGAUGACGAUACUGAAGAAUAUUGA